AAGACUACAGAUAAAUAAAUAACAAGUGAAGAGUCAACAAAAUCCACAUGGAAUUGUAUCGGUACUUCCCGAACUCCUCCCAUAUGCUACGACGUCAUCGCGAACCUUUUCAGGUGACGUCCCCAUGUUCAUUUGUCACACCAAUCUUUCUGGUUUCCGGACGCAGUUGACUUAUCGGGGACGCCGGGAACCCUUUCAGUUCUGCCGCGGGAACCUCCUUCAUACUGUCCAUGGUGAGGGCAUGGCUACAUGGUCCCCACUGAGCUCACACGAGUAUAGUUUUAGUUCGGGAUGUCGGCUGUUAAAGGUCUCCAGCAGUGGUGCAAGAACCAAUGUAACGGAUACCGGGAUGUGUCCAUCACUAACAUGACCACGUCGUUCAGGGACGGACUGGCGUUCUGCGCCAUGAUACACAAACACAGACCAGAUCUCAUAGAUUUUGAUUCCCUGAAGAAGAAUGAUGUCUUUGAAAACAAUCAACUGGCGUUCAGAGUUGCAGAGGAGGAGUUGGGUAUCCCAGCCUUGCUGGACGCAGAAGACAUGGUGGCCCUCAAGGUUCCCGACCGCCUCAGUAUUCUCACCUACGUCUCCCAGUACUACAACUACUUUCACGGACGAUCCCCGAUUGGUGGUUUGGCUGGUAUCAAGCGACCAGCGGAGAUCUCGGAGAACGAACCCUCUGGGAAGAAGAACCUGCCUGUGGUUGCUAAGUCGUUCCCCGCUUCCAAACCUGAGGUGAAGAACGGUCCGCCGCCCUCCUCCUCCGUCACCAUCCGGGGCUCCUCGCCGGCGAGGCCGUCCCCAGCAGCCCAGAAGGAGGCAGCACAUGAGAACCCAUCGCUCCGUCAAACAGGGACCCAGAGUAAUAAGUGUGUGUCCUGCAACAAGCUCGUUCACCUGGUACAGCGUCAUAUGGUGGAUGGGAAGCUCUAUCAUAGGAGCUGUGCAAAGUCUACUUUAAAAGCAAACGCCCCACUCCGGGACUUGCUACAACAAGGCUCUUCAUCCAAUCAUAAAUCUCGUUCUGAGACCCCUGAACCCAGUGAAUCCACGUCAGCUCCCUUCAGCUCUGAUUCCUCCUGGCUAACUACAAAGAAACCACCUUCAAGCUCUCCAGGUCUGGUCUCCUCCCAGUUAAACAAUAAGACGCAACCAUCCAGCUCUCCAAGUCCAUCCCCCUUCAAGAGCCCCAGUAAGGUGCAACCAUCCAGCUCUCCAAGUCCCUCCCCCUCUGCGUUAGCCAAUAAGACACAACGGUCCAGCUCUCCAAGUCCAUCCCCCUCUGCGUUAGCCAAUAAGGCACAACGGUCCAGCUCUCCAAGUCCAUCCCCCUCUGCGUUAGCCAAUAAGACACAACGGUCCAGCUCUCCAAGUCCAUCCCCCUCUGCUUUAACCAAUAAGACACAACGGUCCAGCUCUCCAAGUCCCGCCCCCUCCUGGAUAACAAAAAAGCCAGUCAGUGCAGCCCCACCGUCUACCUCUGCACUUAUCACCAAAUCCACCCCUGGAGCCAACAAGCCCGGUGUUCAAAAACUUGGCAACACCACCACCUAUAACACUUCUAUCAGUAAAACUAUCAGCCCCACCCCAACCAUUAGCACCACCCCCCUCAAGAGCAACAUCAGUACCAUCCCCACCCUGACCACCAACACUUCCAUCGACUCCACCCCUGUCAGGAUCACCAUCAACCAUCUCCCCAUGGAGACGACCCCCAACCCCAGCAGGCCUACUGCAGCUCCCCGGUCCUCCCUGUCGGCACAGAGAACCCAGCAGGCCAAGGACAGGUUCUUGCAGAAGGAACCUGAAGGGGCAAUUACGGCAGGCAGUGACAUUAAGGCAGCCACCAAGGAGUCCCCUGGGAACAAAUGGUUGGCGGUCAACAAUCAGGGAAGUGAUGUGCGGGCAGACCCAGGCCUGGGUAGAGCCGCUAAGGGUUGGGGUGUCAGUGGGGGGAACCCUGACGGCAACAAGAACCAAGCAGCAGCUCUUAUCUCUAGGAAGCUGGUAAAGGAAAGCAACAAUAAGGAGACCAAGCCAACCCUGAACACAGAACGGGUCUCUGAGGUGGAGACACCCAAAAAGGAUCCGGUGCCCAGCAGAGGGAGAGUCAAGCUGAAGGUGAGCAGCUCCAUCCUGGCUGACCUGCAGACUCCAAUCGUGGACCGCUCACCGGACAGAAGCAGCUCUGCCAGCAGCAGGCCAUGGCAGGCCGACCCCUCCCCACAGAGGGCCCCCGCGGGGCCCGCGACCGCCGCCUCCUCCCCGGGCAAUCAAGCAGGACCAGAGAGCAGCGAAGGCCCCGCCCAGUGGAGGUCUAAACUCAAACAAGUCGCCAAGGAUACCAAAAUCUCGGAUCCUAACAAGCCCUCCACUGAAGGAAAGUCUCCUGCUUCAGUGUCCUCCAUGGCCGGUCCUAAUCCAGCCACUAGCGGGUUUAAGAAUGGAAGCAGAGCUCCGAAUGACAACGGUCCCAGGCCAGAACCAUUGCCCACAAAGAAGCCCGACUACAUCCCCAAGGAGAAGAUCAUGGAGGAGCUGCAGGAGAUCGAAGACGGCCUCAAUGCGCUGGAGAAACGAGGAGUGGAGCUGGAGAAGAAACUGCGCCGCAGUGAGGAGGAGGGAGUAGAGGACGCUGCCAUGGAUGAAGUGAUGGUUGACUGGUUCAGCCUCAUCAGGGAGAAGCAGGUGGCCAUGCGCCGAGAGUCAGAGCUGGUCUACAUAGCAAAAACACAGGACCUGGAAGAACAGCAGCCUAGUGUCGAACAGGAGCUCAGAAGUCUUAUGGCUAAACCAGACAGUGCAAAGACGUCGUGGGAGCGGCAGAGAGAGCAGGAGCUCAUGGUUAAACUGGUGGAGAUAGUCAACGACAGGAGCGCCAUCGUGGACAGCCUGGAUGAGGACCGACUCAGGGAGGAAGACGAGGACGUGCAGCUGGAGCAGAUGAUGAUGAACUUGGACAUUAAGAAAGACAAGACCAAGAAGAAGUCCCCCAUUGCCAAGAUGUUCCUCUGGCGAAGCAACAGCACCAAGAAGUGAAGCUGGGGUGAGCUCCAUGUUCGGACACACAGCCCACCCCAUGUGGCCGUCUUUUUUUGCUAGUGUUUUAUAUUUGUAUUUUUGUCGCUCUGGCUCUGCUCGGUUGGCUGUCGGUAACGUGUGGGUGAUUGAGUGAGUGCGUGUGCGUAAUGCGUGCGUGCGUGCAUUUGCGCGCGCGUCUGUGUGUACGCUCACUGCUGAGGGCUUCCUGGCUCAGUGACUGCCGCGUGCUUGGGUUCCACUGCCCUGGAUAUUAGCUGAGUUCCCUGCCAAUCUAUUUAACACUACACACGCCUACCCAUCCGGUGUCCAUUGCUUGUUACAACGUCUGUAUUCCGAACGGUAUAGAAAACGCCACAUCACGCCAAGUGGGCGAAAGAGGUUUUGACUCGACGUCGACCCUGGGCCAACUCUUCCACUCUGCCCCAGCCCCGACCGGUAUUCACUUUGGUCACACUUGGAGCGUUGAAAAACGUCUUGCUAAACAGCAUUUUGUCGAUCUCUCUUGAUUAAUUUGGGGAGCGCUUGAUAAUAUAACAAGCCAUAAUUAGGGACAUUAUAGUAAGACCAUUUUACACGUUGUCCACGUUAGAUGUGUAUGCGUUUGGUUUUGUUAAUAUUGAUAACAGGAUUCAGCAACCAGUGGCUUUAAGGUCUUUGUUUCGAAUGCAGUCCGUUUUUUUGUUAAAAAAUAAUAAUAAUAAUCAGUUUUCUUUACUGAAUAUUCAGUUCCAUGUUAGUGUUUUUAAGGUGACGUUUUGGAGUUUUCUUUUUCAAAGACUUGAGUACUAAUGUUCAACAUAUUUUAGGAACAGAAUUGAAUAUGAAAUCGUGAAUAGGUACAGUUUACACUAACUGCUUCAUUGUGGGAGAACGUGAUGAUUAUUGCUUGAUUUGGUCCACAUUGGACCGUGGAGGUGGAAACACGCGCUUACGGUACAUUAAAAAAAAAAAGGAAAUAUUUUUGGUAAAAGAUCAUUAUUCCUUAUUAUUAAUCAUUGCACAGAUAAGAAUACCACAUUCAUGAUCAUGCCUUUACGUCUUCAGAAGUAAAGCCCAUGGAACACACUUAGGAAACGUGUUUGUUUCUCUGUCAUGUGAUCAAAGUCGUACCCUAAAGCUGGUUCGAAAUGGGUUCUAUUGCUUAACCAUUAAAGUGAUGUGAUUCUAUAA